AUGACGGCGUUCCUGAUAAAUCUUUGUCUGCAAGCAGCGAUCCAUCAGAAAGACAGCAUUCUGGAAACUGUACAGAAAUUGCCUUUACUCUGUUUCAAGACUUAUCGAGAGCAGUCUGAUUUUCUACUGGACCUGUACUUAUGUGUAACAGACUACGAGGCUCGAACAGGUCAGAAGGUCAGACCAGCCUUACAGGCUGUUUACCAGAAACAUCCAGAAGUCUGGUCUUUAAACCUGUCUGAGAAGAAAGUUUCAUUCUUCCUGGAAGUGCUGAAACUCCAGACGGUGAAGAAAGCAGUAGAGCUAAGAGGAUGGUCAGAGGAAGAGAAUGAAAUUAGGAGCCUUCUUCAGUGUCUGCCCUACAUCUCUAAGCUCAGGAGUUCUGAUCACACGUUGUUUGAGAAAUGCAUCAUUCCACUACUCAGCCAUAUCUCUCAUCUCAGGCUUGACCGGCUGCUAUUGCUGAGACUGCUCCACUGCUGCAAUAUUCCUGAGCUCCAGAAGGAGGCAGCAGUUCUUCUCUCUGCUCUACACCACAAGCUGGACUUCUCCUGCCAGGACGCUCUGGACCUCACAGCAGACACGACCACAUUCAGUCUGGUUCUGAGCAGUGAUGACUGCAGGAUCAUUUCCAUGGCUAUCCAGAGAGCUCACAUACACAUUCAGCUCGUUAUUCUGGACUGUGAGAUGGAGGAGGCAGCAGUAGAAGAGCUGUUUCCUGUUCUACACACAGUCACGCUGCACUGCAGUAAAGCUUUGCUGCUCCGAUUCUUGUCCCAUGUGGAUCUGGGUUCUGAGGAGGAGUGCAUGAGGCAAGCAAUGGCUCUCUCCCAGGCUUUGAGAGAUAAAGUGGACCUGAGUGAGACCCAGCUGAAUAUGCAGGCCUGCAAAUCACUGGCGCUGGUUCUGGAAUAUUCUGAGGAUCUGUCGCAACUGGACCUAAGCCACUGUCGGAUCAGUGAUGACCAGCUGGAGCUGCUAAUGCCACAACUACACAAAACUUGCAUCCUUGACCUCAGCAACAAUCACAUAACUGAUGUUGCAGCAAGAAAGAUCUACAACGUCCUCUCAAUAAUCAGCAAUAUUCAGACUGUGUGUCUCUUCAACAACAGAAUCACGGACCCUUCACUCUUUCUCCAGGACAAGCGCUUUGAGAUUUGGUGAUCAACUCUAAGUGACACUGUAAAUGUGAUUUUUAUGCAACCUACUGCAUCUUAUAUGUAGCAAAUAAUUGUCUUUUGCCAUUUUUCAAUAAGACAAUUAAAUGACUGGAUGUUAAUCAUUA